AUGGAGGUACUUAUGGCAGAACGGGCCGAUCUAGUCUUUCACAAUAACGUGAUAGGUGGAACUGCCAUUAAACGACUUAUUAGCAGAUUAAUAGAUCAUUUCGGAAUGGCAUAUACAUCACACAUCCUAGAUCAAGUAAAGACUCUAGGAUUCCAUCAAGCUACUGCUACAUCUAUUUCAUUAGGAAUUGAUGAUCUUUUAACAAUACCUUCAAAAGGAUGGCUAGUCCAAGAUGCUGAACAACAAAGUUCCAUUUUGGAAAAACAUAAUCAUUAUGGAAAUGUCCAUGCGGUAGAAAAAUUACGCCAAUCCAUUGAAAUAUGGUAUGCUACAAGCGAAUAUUUGCGACAACAAAUGAGGAUGACUGACCCCUUUAAUCCAGUCCAUAUCAUGUCUUUUUCAGGAGCUAGAGGAAAUGCAUCUCAAGUGCACCAAUUAGUCGGAAUGAGAGGAUUAAUGUCAGAUCCACAAGGACAAAUGAUUGAUUUACCCAUUCAAAGCAAUUUACGUGAAGGACUGUCUUUAACAGAAUAUAUAAUUUCUUGCUACGGAGCCCGUAAAGGGGUUGUAGAUACUGCUGUACGAACAUCAGAUGCUGGAUAUCUUACACGUCGACUUGUUGAAGUGGUUCAACACAUUGUUGUACGGCGAACAGAUUGCGGUACCAUCCGUGGGAUUUAUGUAAACACCCGAAAUGGAAUGAUGCCAGAAAGAAUUUUGAUACAAACAUUAAUUGGUCGUGUAGUAGCAGACGAUAUAUAUAUAGGUUCACGGUGCAUUGUCGUUAGAAAUCAAGAUAUUGGAAUUGGACUUAUCAAUCGAUUCAUAACUUUUCAAACACAACCAAUAUUUAUUCGAACCCCCUUUACCUGUAGGAAUACGUCUUGGAUCUGCCGAUUGUGUUAUGGGCGGAGUCCUAUUCAUGGGGACCUGGUAGAAUUGGGAGAAGCUGUAGGGAUUAUUGCUGGUCAAUCUAUUGGAGAACCGGGAACUCAACUAACAUUAAGAACUUUUCAUACUGGUGGAGUAUUCACAGGGGGUACUGCUGAAUAUGUGCGAGCCCCCUCGAAUGGAAAAAUAAAAUUUAAUGAGGAUUUAGUUCACCCUACACGGACACGUCAUGGAUAUCCUGCUUUUAUAUGUAAUAUAGACUUCUAUGUAACUAUUGAAAGUGACGAUAUUAUACAUAACGUCAUUAUUCCACCAAAAAGUUUUCUAUUAGUUCAAAAUAAUCAAUAUGUAAAAUCAGAACAAGUGAUUGCGGAGAUCCGCGCGGGAACAUCUACUUUAAAUUUGAAAGAGAGGGUUCAAAAACAUAUUUAUUCUGACUCAGAAGGGGAAAUGGUUCAAAAACAUAUUUAUUCUGACUCAGAAGGGGAAAUGCAUUGGAGUACCGAUGUGUACCAUACAUCACAAUUUAUAUAUAGUAAUGUACAUAUCUUACCAAAAACAAGUCAUUUAUGGAUAUUGUCAGGAAAGUCGUGCAGGUCUAAUACAAUCCAUUUUUUACUUCGCAAGGAUCAAGAUCAAGUUACCAUGGAUUCACUUUCUAAUGGAAAAACAAAUAUUUCGAAUCUUUUAGAAAGGAAUGAUCAAGUAAAACAUAAAUUCAAUACUUUUGGUACAAAAGAAAAGUGGAUUAGCGAUUCUUCAAUAUUGAAUCAAAUCAUAUGUACAGAUCAUUCUGAUUUAAUGUAUCCUGCUAUUUUGAACGAUACUUUUUAUUUCUUGGCGAAAAGGCGAAGAAAUAGAUUUCUUAUUCCAUUUCCAUUCCAAUCGAUUCAAGAACGAAAGAACGAACUAAUGUCCCCUUCCGGUGUCUCCAUUGAAAUACCUAUCAAUGGUAUUUUUCAUGAAAAUAGUAUUUUUGCUUAUUUCAAUGAUCCUCAAUACAUAAGACAGAGUUCAGGAAUUACUAAAUAUACAACUAUAGGAAUUCAUUCUAUUUUUCAAAAAGAAGAUUUCAGUGAGUAUCAAGGAAUCGAAGAAGUAAAGCCAAAAUACCAAAUUCAAGUAGAUAAAAUUUUUUUUAUUCCCGAAGAAGUGCAUAUUUUACCCGAAUCUUCUUCCCUAAUGGAAAAGGAUAAUCUGGAACUAAAAGUUGUCAAUUAUAUUCUUUAUGGAAAUGGAAAAUCCAUUCGGGGAAUUUCCGACACAAGGAUUCAAUUAGUUCGGACUUGUUUAGUCUUCAAUUGGGAUCACGGGAAAAAAAGUUCUUCUAUUGAGGAGGCCCCCGCUUCCUUUAUUGAAGUAAGUACAAAUGGUUUGAUUGAGUAUUUUCUAAGAAUUGACUUAGUCAAAUCUAAUACUUCAUAUAUUAGAAAAAGAAAUGACCCGUCUGGUUUAGGAUUGAUCAGGGAUAAUCAAUCGGAUCGAAUCAAUCCCUUUUUUUCUAUUCAUUCCAAGGGAAAAAUUCAACAAUCACUUAGCCAAAAUCACGGAACUAUUCCUAAAAUGAAAAAUGGACCACACCUAAAACUAAAAUCGGGUCAAGUUAUAACAGUUCAAAUGGAUUCUGUAAUAAUAAGAUUGGCUAAUCCUUAUUUGGCGACUCCAGAAGCAACCAUUCACGGCCAUUAUGGGGAGAUCCUUUCUCAAGGAGAUAUUUUAGUUACAUUCAUAUAUGAAAAAUCGAGAUCCGGUGAUAUAACACAAGGUCUUCCAAAAGUGGAACAGAUAUUAGAAAUACGUUCGAUUGAUUCAAUAUCCAUGAAUCUAGAAAAAAGAAUUGAUGCUUGGAACGAGUGUAUAACAAAAAUUCUCGGCAUGCCUUGGGGAUUCUUGAUUGGUGCUGAGCUAACUAUAGCGCAAAGUCGUAUUUCUUUGGUUAAUAAAAUCCAAAAGGUUUAUCGAUCCCAGGGAGUACAUAUCCAUAAUAGACAUAUCGAGAUUAUUGUGCGUCAAAUAACAUCCAAAGUCUUGGUUUCAGAAGAUGGAAUGUCUAAUGUAUUUUUACCUGGCGAACUAAUUGGAUUAUUGCGAGCAGAACGAAUGGGGCGUGCCUUGGAAGAACCCAUUUGUUACCGAGCUUUAUUAUUGGGAAUAACAAAAACAUCUCUGAAUACUCAAAGUUUCAUAUCUGAAGCGAGUUUUCAAGAAACUGCUAGAGUUUUAGCAAAAGCCGCUCUUCGGGGUCGUAUUGAUUGGUUGAAAGGUCUUAAAGAGAAUGUUGUUUUAGGGGGGAUGAUACCCGUUGGUACCGGAUUCAAAAGAAUAAUGCACCGUUCACGGUCAAGGCAACAUAACAAGAUUACCCGGAAAAAAAAAUUAUUCGAAGUAGAAAUUAGAAAUCUUUUGUUCCAUCACAGAAAAUUCUUUGAUUUUUAUCAUUUCAAAGAAUUUAUGUGA